AUGUCGACCGAAGAAGAUAUACCAGUUAUCAUUGAUGGCAAGCCCUAUCCGAACAUCACCAAAAACCCCCUACAUGUAAUCUGUUCUACUGCAUAUGUUUUGGGAAUUUUUCUGGGCCUUGGCUGUGGUCUAUUUAAUUAUGUGAAUUUUAAAAACUUCAAUGUGUACAUCAUUGCUAUGGCAGUGUUUCAUUACCUGGAGUAUUAUAUUACUGCCCUGUAUAACCCUGGUAAAGUUAACUCAGAGUCCUUUUUGAUUAACAAUGGUAAGACUUAUGCGUUUGCGCACAUUUUCGCGACAAGUGAGUAUGCUAUUGAAUUCUACUUGUAUCGGGAGUGGAAGUCGACCAGGUACAACGGAUUCCAUAUGCUGGUUGUUGCGUUCGGAAUUAUUCUUAUCUUAUUUGGUCAAUAUGUGAGGUCUAAGGCGAUGAUUACUGCAGGACAAUCGUUUUCGCAUGAAGUGAAGACAACUCGGAAUUCGGAUCAUAAAUUAGUGAAAAGUGGGCUAUACAGCUGGUCCCGCCAUCCCUCCUAUCUUGGAUAUUUCUGGUGGGCAUUAGGCACACAGGCUCUACUCUUGAACCCGGUCUCUUUUGUAUUAUAUAUCUUCCUGUUGUGGAGAUUUUUCAGUAAGAGGAUUCAGUUUGAGGAACACUAUUUGAUGAGAUUUUUUGGUGCCGAAUACGCAUCCUACAAAAAGGCAGUGGGAGUUGGUAUUCCUUUUAUUAAAUAG